UAAAAUAAUAUAAUUUUAUAGUUCCAAAUUGAGUUUUUGGUUCAAUUAAUAUAUCGAUAAAUUAAUAUCUUUAUAAAUUAAUAAAAAAAAUUAUAAUUUUGGUGUAGUUCCAACAUUAUUAAUUUAUAGAUGUUUCACUGUAUAUGUCCUAAAUCAAACAUUCAACGUCUCAUCACUCCACAUUGUGAAUAGUGAUGAUGCCUCACUGAUCAUUAAAGAAUACGCUUCAACUUGUGGAUGUUUUGUGAUUAUUCACCGUUAACUAAACGUGUAUAAGGACCGUUGAAUAAGAUGUGAAACAUUCAUAUAAUAUAGUAUCAUAUGUAACUUUAGUAUUCAACAUUUCCCUCUUAUUUAAUCUGUUUUUAGUAAAAGACGAAAAUCUAGUUCGCUUUGUGCUCGUCACAUGUAUCAGGCUUGAAUAAUCUUUUUAUGAGUUAUAUUAGACGUUCAGAAGAUUGAAAAAGUCCUGUUGAGUUUAUCCAUACGUCAUUGCUGAUUCGGUGCAUUGGUUGUUAGAGUAGAAACCUGGUCUCCAGAUAUAUUUUAAUACUCUUUUUAAGUACUUUGAAUAAUUUUCCUCUGUUGUAGAAAAUUAUAAGCAGGUCUAGGUUAUAUAUAUAAUAUACAAGUAAGGUUAUAACCCUCAGGCAACAAAGAAGAAGAACAAGAACCUUUAGAUCGCAUAGAUCAACCAAUAUGGAUCAUAUCAAAGAGCCUCCUGGUGGAUGGGAAAAUAUGUGGGUAGAGGGACGAACACUGUGGGAUUUAGGAGAAGCAACUCCUAUUGUUGUUCAUCUCUGCGAAACGAGUUCUUUGCCUAAUGGUAGAGCUUUGGUUCCUGGAUGUGGAACCGGCUAUGAUGUGGUUGUGAUGGCAAACCCUGACCGUCAUGUUAUUGGACUUGAACUUUCAAAAACCUCAGUCGAAAGAUCAAUGAAGAUGUUCUCUUCAUUGCCUAAUUCAAAACAUUUCUCCUUCUUGAAAGAAGAUUUUUUCACUUGGGAGCCAACUGAAAAGUUCGAUCUUAUUUUCGACUACAAUUUUUUCUGUGCCUUUGAACCUAAAGUUCGACCUCUAUGGGCAAAGCGUAUGCAAGAACUUCUGAACCCUGGUGGAGAGCUUAUAACAUUGAUGUAUCCUUUAAGUGGUGGAACACCUGGUCCACCUCCUUAUCGAGUAUCAGUCUCAGCCUAUGAAGAGCUUUUGAUUCCCUUAGAGUUUGAGGUGAACUCUAUUGUUGAUAACGAACUUGCUCCAGCUACACGCAAGGGAAUGGAAAAAAUUGGACGAUGGAAGAAGAAGAAGUCAGUGUGAUGAUUCCUCUUUGUCGUCACAUUCUCAUGGCUCUAUCUAUAGAUCAAUAAAGAUUUACAUUUUUUUUAAGUUUCCCUGUCAGAACCGAAUGUACUAUUUACACAUUUAAGAAUACAGUGUCUUUGACCGUCUUACAAAUUUUGUAAUAAUUAAAGGACAUAAUAAAUGUGUUGUUUUACUACUUUUUAGCGAGAUCCAGUGUCAAAUUCCA